GCAUGUAAGGCGAGCUAAGGUUAACUUAUAAACAUUUCGCAACCCAUGACGGCCGCUCGCGCCGCGCGCGCGCGAAUUCGAAUUUAGAAUAUAAAUUCUUUACGAAAUUAUUUUUUUAUUCUGUUUUUUUUCUUUUGUAUCUAUGAGUGUUCGAUUUCUUUUUUAUUAAUAAAAUUAGUGCAUGGACUUUUUAUGUUUUUGUGUUGAGUGUUGAAGUUGUUUUUUUUUUGUUGGUGAUUUUGGUUUUUCGAAAUACGAAUACAGAAAUUGCCACCGCCAAAAUGUCUUCAGAAAAGAUUCUUCACGAGGACAACGGGUCUUCCUCAGGUUCCCUGAGGUCUGAUGACAGUGACAGCAAUUCGGACAGUCCUACAGACUCCCUGAACAGCCUCUUCAAAACCAAUGCCAACACCUGUACUGAAACCUGCAUCGAAGAAACCAAAUGCGAAGUGAACAAGAAAAGGGGAACGUGUUGCAGUCCCGUCGUCCAAUGCGUAUGGGGAGUCCUGCUGAUACUACUCUCGAUAGGCAGCGUUAUAUUCACGCCUCUAGACUUCAUGUUACUAGAGAAACUGAAUAUGAGGCCUGGCAUGCCACCCUACGAAUGGUGGUCCGACCCACCUGAUGAGGUGAAGUUAAGAACCUAUGUCUUCAACGUGACGAACCAUGAGAGGUUCCUGCUGGGGCUGGAUCAGAAGCUGAACGUGGAAGAAAUUGGACCUGUAGUUUAUUUAGAAAAGCUCCUCCACUCGAACGUUCGCUUCAACGAGAACAGUACGAUGACGUAUACUGCGAAGAGGUUCCCCAUAUACCUCCCGGACCUCAACCAUGUGGACCUUAACGCUACCAUCAUAGUGCCUAAUGUUGGAGUGCUGGGCAUAUUCUCCUACCUCCACAACGCCAAUUACUUCGUGAAGACGGUCCUGAGGUCUCUAGUCAGCAUGUACAGUCCAGAGCCAUUCGUCCAGGUCACUAUAUACGAUUACCUCUGGAACUUCACCGACCCAGUUCUGGAGAUGUCCAGGAAUUUGGUGCCUGGACUGGUACCUGUUAGCAAUGCUGGUAUGUUGGCAAGGGUAUACGCAGACUUCACGGACGAGAUGACAGUGAAGAUUGGACCCCAAUGGGGACACAAGGAGUUCUUCCAGAUAGACCGGUUCAGGGGGCAGCCGCAGAUACCUGGGUUUGAUCCUGAUGUAUGUCCAGACCGCAUCUUUGGUUCGACAGAGGGCGUUAUGUACGCCCAACGACUUACAAAGCAAGAUGUCUUGCAAUAUUGGAGGAAGACUGUUUGCAAGCUGAUGCCACUUUACUUUGAUAGCGAGCUGACGAUGUUCGACGUGCCGCUGUACCGCUACAACCUCUCGGAGAACGCAUUCGAUCGUGUCAAGAAUGGCACCGACUGUUACGACACUGUGCCCAGUCUGCACUCUGGCCUUAGUGAUACUUCCAAGUGUUAUUUCGAUUUCCCAAUGGUGGCUUCGUUCCCGCAUUUCUACACUGGAGGUAUACCCAAGGACAAGUUCGUGACGGGCCUCAAACCGGACAGAUACAAACACAACUCAUUUGUUGUUUUGGAACCGUACACUGGCACACCCUUCGAAGCAGUAGCGAGGAUGCAGAGCAACCUACUGGUCCACGAUCUAACAGGAUUCCAAGAGAAGUUCGCCAACGUAUCCAACUCCGUGAUACCCCUGUUUUGGGGGGAAUAUCACCAAGAGGGUCUGCCGUCGAAAAUAAGGAUAACUGUAUAUUUUUCAAUAGUAAUAUUGCCACCAUUGUCUAUAAUUAUAUCAAGCAGCAUGCUAUUAAUCGGCAUAUACUUACUCGCUAAACUAAUUUACACAAACAAUUUAGAGAACGAUAGUCUAAAAUCGAUACUUAUAUUUAAAAGUAAAAGUAAAAAUAAUAUUUCAAAUAAAAAUAAAAUACUAGCCUUUGAAAAAGAAACUUUUUUGAAGACAAGUUAGAUUAUUUUUUGUCGUCAAUCGAUUAUUCGAUUGUAUGUGUAUUUGAGUCAAUAUUUUUAUAGAACGAAUUUGCUACGAGUAAAUGGAAAAGCUUGCAGGUUUAAAUAAAAAAUUGGUAUGAAUUUUGUAAGCAAAGAUUAGUUGGUAAAUAACAAUAAAAUAUACUGGGCGGACUGUCAGUUAAAGCAAUAUGGUUCUAUAAAAAUAUAUUGACUCAAAAUUAUGAAUAAGUUGUAUAUUAAAUAAAAGGGAAAUGGUAAACAAUGUAAAUAAAGACUGAAUAUCAUAUAUUUCAUGACAUGGCCAAAGCAUACACGAAAUUUUAAUAAAAUUGAGUUUAAUUUUAAAAAUUAUGUUUAGUUUUUCCUUCUUGUUACAUCUACCUCAGUGUUACUGUAGAAAAAAUAAUUACCAACCUAAAGUAACAAUAUCGACUCUUAUUUUGUUUAUUUUUCUUUUUGUAAUUAAAUUGUAAGUACUUACUUAUUCUUGAUUUAUUUUAAAUACUUUUACUUAUAAUUCGUAAAUCUCUUAGCCGAAACUAUUAUUUUUUAAUCUAUUAAAUAGAUAAAUGAAUGGUGUAAGCGUAUAUUUUAUAAAUACAUUCGGGGUUAGUUUGUAGUUAUGAUUGUUCCUAAUUUAAAAUAGUUGCAACAAUUUGCUCACUGUUAGCUUUAAGAUAAUUAUAGUAAACAGUAAAUAAAUACAUUUUAUAUA